AUGCUCUUUCCUGGCGGGCUCAUGCGCGUGGGUGGCCGCCACCUGCGCGGCAGCAAGCUGCUGCCGCUGCUGCAACGCCGCCUCGCGCUCGCCGUGGGGACGAACCGCUUCAGCCGCCAGGUGGUGGCGCUGGCGGCGGUGCUGUGCGCGCUGCUGGCGCUGAACGUGCUCUUCUACCUCUUCGGCGGCAUCUCCAUCGAGUUUGUCACCGACGACCCGCUCCCCGACCUCCCCUCGCUCUGGCGCGGCGACGCGCAGCCGCCCCCGCGCGGGCGGCAGUGCGCUGCGUGGCUGGCGGAGGUGGACCCCACGGGCGCGGGGAGCGAGCAGCGCGACUGGCAGCGCCAGCCCGUGGUGGUGGCGGCGGGGGAGAACAGGCGCGUGCAGGGCUGCGCCGUCGGCUGCCUCUUCACGCGCGCUCCUCCGGACCAUGACGCCUGCGAUGCCGCUGUGGUAGCCUCGCCAGCACCAGGAGCAGGGGAGGCGGGCACUGGAGCAGAGGAGGGGGAAGGGGGAGGGUCAGCAGCGCCACCGGGGGUGGCAGAGGAGGGGGGGGCGGCGUGUGGGUACGCGGUGGUGUGGCAGCGCGGGCCCAGGGGCGCCGUGGUGAUGCCCAACGCAUCUAGAGUGGUGGCCAUGACCAGCAGCCUCAGCUCGGAUGUCCCCCUUGGGCAGCCAUCAUGGAGGGACCAUGCGUUUAUGGAUCCGCCCACUCCCAAGCAUGCGUCGCCUGCCAUUGUGGCCGUGCUCACCCACCCCUGCUCCAGCCUGCAACUCAAGCUGGACUUCAUAGCACAGGUGGAGCGGCAGGGUGUGGCCGUGCAGGCACUGGGCCCCUGCCUGCCCGCCUCUGACCCCGGCCACGCCUCGCCGGCAGUGCUGCAGCGGCGGCUGUGCGACCACCGCUUUGCGCUGCUGUUUGAGGAGCUGGCGCCGCUGCACGUCAUGUCGCCACACUUCUGGGCUGCGCUGGCGUGCGGCACCGUGCCCCUCGUGGUGGCCAAGGGCAGCAUCGCGCUCUUCUCCCCCGCUGACAACGCCUUCCUGCAGGUGGGGCGGGGGGACGAGGUGCGGCAGGUGGGGGAGUGGGCGGGGUAUCUGCAGCAGUCACAGCGGGCCUACAGCGACAUGACGCGCUGGAAGGCCGACGUGCCCUCCGAUGCCUUCCUCGCCCUCCUCGACCUCUCCAUCGUCCCGCCGCACUGCCGCCUCUGCAUCCACCUCGCCACCAAGCAACUGGUGGCGUGGGAUGAGAGCAGCACGCGGAAGGUGUGUCGGUGCUGGGAGGAGGGCACCAACACCACCCUCUACCACCUCUACGUGCGCGAGCGCGGCACCUUCGCCUUCCACUCCCUCUUCCUCAAGUCAUCGGAGCUCACCAUGGCGCACCUAGUGCGGGCCAUCUACCGCCUCUACCACCGCCUCGACUACCGCCCGCUCUGGCACGGCCACCGCCCCGACGCGCUGUCCGCAGGCGGGGCGGCAGCGGUGCGCGUGCUGCGCGUGUACCCGGUGGAGUCAUCCCAGGAGAUGGUGCUGCACGGGUCGGGGGCCUUCCGCCGCGACCGCCAGCUGCAAGAUUUUGUGGAAGCCACUCCGUGCCCGCGCCUGGAAGUGAUCCUCGUGUGA